AUGGGGCGCAGAAGUACGGGAUCGCCAUUAUCCCCUGCGACGCCCACAGCCAUGGCACCUCUUCGAGCCGCUUGGCAAGGCGCAAAUGAUGAGGUGGAGGGUGAAUCGGAUGCAGACGCAAACGCAGAAGAAGGGCAGCAAGAAGAGAAUGCAGGAAACGACGAUGACGGCAACGCUCAUGGCUCGAGUGAGCAGGAUGAUGACAAUGGCAGCCAAGAGGAUGGCCAGCGUGGAUCAGCCACGCAAGGCGUCCCGGGCUCAGCGGAGGAUGGCAGCGAAGACGGAUCGAGUGCACCCAUCGCAUGGCCCACAAGCUCGACCAAAGCCGGCCAAUCUUGGUCGCUCCCGGCGCACUUUCAGAACAUGACCUCAUUCAACAUUCUUCGUUUCAGUACUGGACAGGCAAAUAUGGACAUCAUGACUGACGGUUUGCCAGCCUACGCUUUUGCUCCACCGCCUCCCCCACUCGCUAUUCCUGCAGCACAGACUGCUAAUCUGAGUGCGAGUCAAGAUGGCGAGGACGUGCGGAGCGGUAAUGGCGCAAUCGCCAACGGAAGCACGGGGGUUCAAGUUGAUAUUGGGGGAGCACAGCCUGUCUCUGCCGAUGAUCAAGGCGCUGCAGGUCAAGCACAGCAAGCAAGGAAUACGACAGUGUACUCCUCUGGCGUUCAGCAAGCACUGAUGGCAAAUCCUGCUCAGCCCCUGCGAGUGGUUCAUCCGCGCUCUUCUGUAGUCAAAGCGAAGGCGGGACUUUCGGCUGCAGUAAGCGGUGCACCAGACUCGGUCGUGCAGGUAUAUUAUCCCUCCGGUGAGCUCCUUAUUGGUAUCUUGACGAUGCCCACACGCCGCUGAAGUGUUGUCACUACCCGUAGGCUCGUCAAAUCCUGGCUCAGAGCCUGUAGGAGGAACGCAAUUCUACGCUGCAACACCACUCAACCUCACAUCCGCACUCGCCGUCACUCUGUCCUACUCUGUCUUUUUCCCCGCUUCUUUCGACUGGGUCAAGGGGGGAAAGCUACCCGGCUUGUACGGUGGGCGGGAAAGCUGCUCAGGUGGUGAUGAAGCGUCCGACUGCUGGAGCGCAAGGUUCAUGUGGAGACCCGAUGUGAGUCCGCUUCGCGCUGCUGCUCGGGUCGACGUCGAGCUCUCCCCUCUGACGAGCGUCAAUUGCCGGGUAACAAGGGCGCGGGAGAAUUGUACAUGUAUCGUGAGUCUGACAGUCUGUGCGCAUUAAGUCUGCGGAACUUUCCAGCCCGAGCGAUAAACGAGCGCGAAUGCUGUUACGCUGCGUGCGCCUCGCUUCCAACACGGCUUUGAUCGAGAAUCGGGAUCGAAGUCCAGCAAACGAUGCUAUGUUCGGUCAUACACUCGAGAUCAUCGGUCGAGUUGCAGCCAAGUGCCAUGCCGGCUGUCAAGCAAACGGGUCGGAACGUCGGGGACGUCGAUGUGCUUUUGAAAAUUCCUGCGCCAUUUCGACUCGCGACAUUUCUGCAAGCUACCGAGAGAACGCUUGUCCUAAUUGAUUCUCUCCAUCUUGGUCUUCUUGAUCGAGCUGACAGUCCCACAGGUGCAACAAGAUCCAGCGAUCUGUCAGCUGCCGCCCCACACCAUUUGCAAUGUGAGCACGCGGACCCACUCUGCGACGCGCAAGGUCGUGAUCGAAGCUGAACUCGACCUUCGCUUCAAAGGGCGACUAUGGUCUUUCGCUAGGUCGAGGAUCUUUCAGCUUCGCCAGGGGCGCAUGGACGCGUCUGACUCAGACCAUCGAGCUGGGAACAGGCGCCAAUGUGCAAGACGGCAAAUUGACAGUGUACAGUAAUGGUCGUCAGGUGCUGCAUUUCGAUCGAGUCGCUUUUCCCGCUACGCACAAGGGUCUAUUCUUUUCUACGUGAGUGGCACCUUUGGAUUCAAGGCCGUUCGAUCCGCUGCUGCGAACAUCAUCCGCGCUGUCACAUUUCGUAUUGACUCGCCUCUCCCGCACAGCUUCUUUGGUGGUCACGGAGAGUGAGUUGUAUUGCCUCUGGAUACGAACGCGGCACAACUCUCCUGACAACCUCUCCUUCUCCGCGCGCUAGCGAAUGGGCCACGCCUCGGCCGCAAGCAGUGUAUUUUAAAGGCUUCCGAGUGACCAUCACCAGAUAG